ACCAAACAUUCAAAGUCCCUGAGGGAUGUCUUUUGUGACUUGCCUGCUGUGGCCGUGAAGUCUGAAGAAGAAUCUUUACCUGUAAAUCAGAGUUCCAAGUUCUCCAUUUUCGUCUUGGAUUCUCGAGCUGCGUCUGGUGAUUCCGGAGGAAGAGAUGUGGGUGUUUUACCUGAUAUCGCUUCCUCUGACACUAGGCUUGGUCCUAUUCACCCUCAGGUAUUUCUCCGGUCCACACGUUCCUCGCUUUGUGCUCUUCACCGUUGGAUAUGCCUGGUUCUGCUCCCUCUCCAUUAUCAUCCUUGUGCCUGCUGACAUCUGGGAGACGAUCUCUUCUCGCCAUAAGAAUGGAAGUAUUUCAUUCCUUUGGAGCUGGUCUUAUUGGAGUACGUUUUUACUCACUUGGGCUGUGGUGCCCCUUAUUCAGGGUUAUGAAGACGCUGGUGACUUUACUGUAUCAGAAAGAUUGAAGAGUAGUUUACAUGUUAACUUGGUAUUCUAUCUACUUGUUGGUGCUGUUGGCCUGAUUGGAGUCAUUUUUCUCAUUAUCAUGCACAAGACCUGGAGUGGUGAUCUUCUGGGACUGGCCAUGGCUUGCUCUAAUACUUUUGGACUUGUUACUGGUGCAUUUCUUCUUGGGUAUGGUUUAAGUGAAAUUCCUAAAAGCAUAUGGAGAAAUGCUGACUGGAGCACUCGCCAGAAAGUUCUUUCCCAUAAAAUUGCAAAAAUGACUGUCAAACUUGAUGAUGCUCACCAAGAACUUUCAAAUGCUAUUGCUAUUGCCCAAGCUACAUCAAGUCAGAUGUCCAAGCGUGAUCCUUUGAGACCUUAUAUGGAUGUUAUUGAUAAUUUCUUGACUCAGAUGUUUCGGCAAGACCCAUCCUUCAAACCACAGGGUAGCAGAUUGGCAGAAAACGAUAUGGAUUAUGAUACUGAUGAAAAGUCAAUGGCAACCCUGAGGCGUCAUCUUAGGUUAGCUCGAGAGAGGUACUACAGGUAUAAAAGUGAGUAUUCAGCUUAUGUACGGGAAGCUCUUGAAUUGGAGGAUACAAUAAAGAGUUAUGAACGCCACAGCUUAACAGGAUGGAGAUAUAUUUCAAGCAUGAGACCUUCUCGGCCUGGCAAGUUGGGGAACCUCUUUGAUUCUUUAGAAUAUUUCUGGCGAUGCAUUUUAAGAAAGCACGUUGAGAAAGGGCUGGCUGCUUCACUUGGUACUCUGUCUGUCGCAAUUCUUUUAGCUGAGGCAACUCUUCUGCCUGGUGUUGAUCUAUCUCUUUUCUCAUUUCUUAUAAAAUCCGUGGGAACACGUGAGGUGUUUGUGCAGGCAUGUUCGUUUGUCCCUCUCAUGUAUAUGUGCAUCUGCACGUACUACUCCUUAUUCAGAAUUGGGAGGUUAAUGUUCUACUCGUUGACACCCAGACAGACCAGCUCAGUUAGCUUGCUUAUGAUAUGCUCGAUGGUUGCUCGGUAUGCUCCCCCUGUUUCAUAUAACUUCCUCAAUCUCAGUUCCCUUGGUUCUGAUAAAACCACCGUGUUUGAACAGCAAAUGGGGAACAUCAACAAUGCUGUGCCUUUCUUUGGGGAUAAGUUUAACAAAAUCUAUCCACUGAUAAUGGUUAUAUACACCCUUUUGGUUGCAAGCAAUUUCUUCAAUCGAGUACUUGAUUUUCUGGGGAGCUGGAAGAGAUAUAUUUUUGAAACUGAAGCUGAAGAUAUGGAUGGUUUUAAUCCAACAGGAUUACUUAUCUUACAAAAAGAGAGGUUUUUGCUUGAACAUGGGUCCAAAGUAGGUGAGCAAAUUGUUCCAUUGACAAGGACUCUCAACGGUAUAGAUAUUGAAUCUGGCAACAGUCUCAUGGAGAGCAAUAUUGCAGAAAUGAGAGUAAAUUCCAAUUUACUUGAAAAAAUGAAUGGAAAUCCAUCCAGAACCAGGAAGGAUGAGAUAAGAAAAUAUAGUUUGAGCAAGGAAGCGAUCAGCAACAAGUAUGCUGCUGUAAGAGAGAAAAGUGGACAAGCAUCCAGAUUUAGGCCCAAAGACAACAAUAUAGCCUCCACUAAGGUUCCGUUGCUUGAUAGAGGCAAUACUGAUUCUGGCAAUACCUCAGGGGGGUCAACUUCAGGUUUGGCUUCAACAUGGCAAACUAUGAAAUCGGGCUUCGAGAGUUUCAAGGCUAACGUUACUGAUACAGGAAGGUAACAUCUCGUGAUUACCCGUAUGAGAGUCUGUGGUGAGAUAUUUCGAAGACGAAAUCCGCCUUAUCUUGGCCAAUUCACAGUAGUAAUGAUUGAUACGGAGACGAUUACUACGGUAAUGGGAAUGUUUGACGUGUUGUGCCUGGCAAAUCUUCAGUAGCUUACUUCUGGAACCAAAUGCAGCCUAAAGAUAAAGACGAAAAGAUGGUCCUCUAUAAAUCAGUCUGUACAAAUUGUAAAUCUUGCGUAGGAGAAGAUUCUAACAGCCGAGGACAGCGAGGUGAUCUUUUGCCUGCCACGAAUUCUUAUUUCCGUUCCAUUGAUGAUGCUUCUAGUUCUAGCAUAACCUUCUGUAAGAGUACAUUUACUUCUAUUCCUUUUGGCAAGUCUCGCUUUUCUCAUGAAAAUGUGCAAGAUUAUAUUUUUGGGAUUUAAUGUAAUUGUAAAAAUGAAGAAAGAGAUACAUUAGUGGGCUAUUCUUA